AUGGCCUCGGACGUACCCGAGAAGGAGAUGAAGCUCGAUAUCCAGCCGACCAAGCUAACCUUCACGGGCCGCUCCGACACAAAGAAAGUAACCUACCACGUUGAGCUAGAACUCUACGCCGAGAUCGACCCGGCGGAGAGCAAGAUCCACCACUCCGGCCGCGACAUCGAGCUCGUGCUGCGCAAGAAGGAGCUCAAGGAGGAGUACUGGCCGCGCCUGCUCAAGGAGAACAAGAAGGUACACUUCUUGAAGACGGACUUCGAUAAGUGGGUCGACGAGGACGAGCAAGACGCCGUUCCCGACGACGACGACUACAUGAGCCGCAUGGCCGGCAUGGGUGGUGGUAUGGGCGGCAUGGAAGGUAUGGGUGGUAUGGGUGGUAUGGGUGGUAUGGGUGGUAUGGGCGGAAUGGGCGGAAUGGGCGGAAUGGGCGGUAUGGGUGGAAUGGGAGGCAUGGGCGGCGAAGGCGGCUUCGGCGGCAUCGACUUCUCCAAGCUCGGCGCCAUGGGUGGCAUGGGCGGCAUGGGCGGCAUGCCGGACAUGGGCGCCAUGGGUGGAGCUGACGACAGUGACGAUGGAGAGGACGACGACGACAUGCCUGAUCUCGAGGGGGAGGAUCACUCGGUGCCGAAGACGGAGACGGGCAAGGAGGCGGAGAGUAUUCCGGCUGCGACGGGCGAGACAGGCGCGUCGGCUACCAAGACGGGCGCCAAGAUCGAGGAGGUGGAGUAA